AUGUUCGAAGAAGCUACCGGAUUGCCGGAAGAUCAACUACGCGUCACGCUUCAACCAGCUCGUGCAGGACAACUCUGCAUCGUGUCUUUCAAAACCGAAGAAGCAGCUAAAAAGGUCAUGGACGCUUUUCAUGAUCGGCCCUAUCCCAACACUAAGAUGGUCCUCAACAUUACUUACUUCCGAAAGAAGAAAAUCGAGAGAACGCAGUCUACUGAGCGCCCAACCGGCAAUCAGAAUCGCCGCCCACCAUCGCCGGCCAGAAGCCAGCAAUACGGAUACGGCGGGCCUCGCGGACGUCCGGGCUACGAUAUGCCAGUCCCGCCUCGGAUGCCUUUCAACCCGCAACACGGGCAGUUUAUGCCACCUCCUGGCCCGUAUGGCAUGCCGUACCAUCCGGUUGCCUAUCCGUUCAUGGGCCCGCCUCCGAAUUUUCCAACUUACGGACCACCACCGAAUUAUGCACCCAAUUCUGCGGUGCCUCCGACGCCUCCGACCCCUCCGGCACCACCGACACCUCCUCCGGCAACACCACCACCCAAUAAGCCGGCUGUCAAGAAGCCGGAUCCUAAAAAAGCUGCGACCGACAAAAGCGUCGUAUGCGUCAGGGGCCUGCCUGCUACUGUAACCAUUGAUGAACUGAUCACCACUUUCUUCAGCCAAGAGCUCAAUUUGAAGCAAGAAAAUGGACGUCCGAAGAUCUACCUUGUCAACGACGAUUUCGAUCCGGAAAUUAAGACUAUGGUUGUUUACCUAGUCAAUGAAGAGCUUGGCAUUAGGACCCUUGUCAGCUGGAACGCGAAGAUGUACCCGGAUACGAAAAAUAAGUUGGUGAUCGAGUACUACGGCGCCAAUAAUAACCCAAGGCAUCCGAGUCUCGCUGUGUUGAAGGCGUCGAUGAAGGCAAGAGAAACCGACCGAGUCCUCUUCAAAAAUCUGCCUCCUUCGGCCGACAUGUUCAGCUUAAUCUCAAUUUUUCACAACUUGCCGGUCGGUGGGACGAAGAUUCAAUUCGCGAAUCCUCCAGGAUUUGAAUUUACCGUCCAGCCCGAUGGUCUAAAAUCCUGCAACGUUAAAUUUGCGACGAAGAAUAUGGCCCGUCUGAUCGCUACAUACUACAGGACCGCCAAAUUCCCAGGAACCGAGCAGACAUACGCCACUGAAUUGUGC